GUGAGCAUUGACAUAUCUCGAUGUUCCAGCAAAACAAACCGAAAUUUUCCAAAAUUUUCAUUAAAAGGUGAUUUUAGAUUUCACAAACGUAUUUUAUUUACAUAAGCUUAAAGAAAAUACCAAAAAUGGACACCAAUUCCAUUAUUCGUGCGCUGAUUCACGAUAUGAUAGCGGUGCCGCAGCAUAAUGAUAUAAACAUCAAUUCAGAACACAUUACAAUGUUGGAAGGGGGAAAUACUGCAAGAAAUAGUUCAAACGUACGUCGGGGACAUACAGCUAGGAAGUCUGCCGUGAUUCCACGACGUCAACAUCGCGCUCUAGGCUUGCACACAUUACCAAAAACUGCGGUUACAUAUCUGGACGCAACGAAAAUACAUCGUGUUUGGAAGCGUUAUGUGCGUGAAGCGCUCGGUAUAGAAUCAGGCGACGUUCUGCCUACGGUAUAUGAGAAAGGUCACGAUUCCAUUUGCCAAGCGUUGAUGAAAAUUGAUCUGCAUGGUGCUCAAAUAAAAGUACUGGAAUCGAAAUGUGAAACCUUGGUGGGAUUGAUUGGUGUUGUGGUAUUGGAAACGAAAAAUAUAUUCAAGAUAGUAAGCACAGAUGAUCGUUUAAGAUCGAUACCGAAGCACGACAGCGUUUUUUGCAUUACCAUUGGAAAUAUAGAAGUUGUCGCUUACGGUAAACAAUUAUUGACACGUAGUGCAGAGCGCAGCGUCAAAAAGAUAAAGGCCGUCUUUGAUCCUUCUAGUCUCGACUAAGAAGCGCUUUUACUAAAAGUUAUGUAUUAAACAAUUGUCGAAAAGCGGUCAACUAAACUGAUAGUACAAAAUACAAAAAAUUAUAUAAAGUAAUUCUUAAAUGAGAACAUAAUUUGACAAUUGUCUGUAUAACCAAAGGUCAAUAUUAGAUUAGGUUACAAUAAUUUAUAUACGCCUUUAUAACUUUUUUAUGCAAAGUCUUGCUUAAGAUUCGUAAUAUUUUUUGCAAUUAAUGCAAAUAUUUAUAUAAUAAAAAGCUCUGUAACUGACCAAACUGA